UACUCCAUGACCAUUUAUUGCACCAAUGAUAUACACUCAUUUUACAUAUUGAUUUUGAUCCAUGAUUCCAAAGUUGUUUAUGUUAUUAUGCUUUUUAAACACGGUUUCACAAACACUAUUAGACCGUCAGUAGAGUACGGUUUCACAAACACGGUGAUGAUAAAUCAAAACUUGUAAUACGGGAAAUUACCGAUUGUUGUUGUGGUCAAUUCUCAAUUCCCAACAAAACAAACAAAAGCAGAACAUUUAAUUUGAGGACAGAGCCAAAACAGCCUUCAGAGGUACGUGUCAUGAGACCUUGAAUGCGUUGGCAGACGGAGAGCCCGCGAGCUCACAGUAGUGACCCUGUUCCCUCCAGCACUUGAAUUAGCGGAUUGAACCGGUUGGUUUUUUCUGAAUAGGCCAGUCUGUCGUCUUCCCUGGUUGCUGGCUUGCUGCUGCUACACAACCGUUCUCUCCCCGUUUCGGCCACACACAAAAUCACAAACUUUGCUCUCCCCUGAAGGAAUUCCGAUCCCCCUUCUCCCUCUAUCCAGUUUUUCUAUUAAAAGUUCGGUCCUUUUUGUGAUACAUGGGAUGGCGAAGCCAGAUAUAGUCAUAUAAAUAUGCUUUAUCUGGUGCUAUUGGAUACUGCUGCCUGGUUAAUUGAGGCGUGAAUCCAGUUUUUGGAUUCUCGUCUUCCGGGGGGAAGAAAAGAAGAAGAAAUUCUUUUUUUCUUCUUCUGAUUGUCUCUCCCCCUUCUGCAGGUAUGCUAUUUUCUGGGUUCUCUUUGAUUUCGUGUUUGCCCUAUUGGGUCGCACUAAAUUCUGUUUGUUUUUGGGAAAAAAUGGGGAGAAACUUGUUGCAUAAGUUUUUGUUGUUGUUGUUCGCAUGUUGUGAUGUGCUUCUUUUCUGAUUGGCGGAUGAUAGAAUUUGUUUUGGAUGCUAACAACAUUUGGUUUACGAUAGAAUUUGUUUCUUAAUGGUUUGGCGGUGGAAUGUGUUUGAUUGGUUGCGAUUUGUUUUUGGUGGUCAAAUGUUUAUUGAACUUUUCGACAAUGUAAAUCAAGAAUAUCGGGCCGUGAUUGAAUCUUUGAUCCAGGGACUGGAUUCUGAGGUUCUGUGCGGUUCAUGCAAAUCUGAGGGGAGAGACCUGCUGAUUGAUAUGGAGCUUUGAUUCUGCUGCUGGUUCUGAGAUCGUGAAAGUUUGGACAACUUGGGCAUUCUCUAGGUACCACUGAAAAUCAUUUGGCCUUCUUUGCGGAAGGCUAAUUCGCGGAGAUGACGAGUUAUUUAGGUGUUCAAGUCUCUGAUCCAACGCUGCAGAAUCAGUUCACGCAGGUGGAGCUUCGUAGCCUCAAAUCUAAAUUUACCGCAGUAAAGAACGAGAAAGGUAAAGUUACAAUUGGAGAUUUGCCAUCUUUGCUGGUGACAUUAAAAGCCUUUGCUUCAACAUUCAAGGAGGAAGAGGUUGCAGGCCUCUUAGCUCAAUCCUUUCCUGACUUGACUGUCGAUAUAGACUUUGAAGGGUUUCUCAGGGUGUACUUGAAUUUGCAAGGUCAAGCUAAUGCUAAAUCAGGGCAUUCAAAAACAGCCUCAGCAUUCCUCAAGGCAUCAAUAACCACUCUGCUUCACACUAUUAGCCAUUCUGAGCGAGCAUUAUAUGUAGCUCACAUAAACAGUUACCUUGAGGAUGACCCAUUUCUGAAGCAGUUUCUUCCCUUGGAUCCAGCGACAAAUGAUUUAUUUGAUCUUGCGAAGGAUGGAGUUCUUCUAUGUAAGCUUAUCAAUGUUGCUGUGCCUGGGACUAUUGAUGAGCGGGCAAUCAAUUGUAAAAAGAUUCUUAACUUGUGGGAGAGGAAUGAGAACCACACCCUUUGCCUUAACUCUGCAAAGGCUAUCGGUUGCACAGUGGUUAACAUUGGUACACAGGACUUGGUGGAAGCAAGACCUCAUCUUGUGCUUGGUUUAAUUUCUCAGAUUAUAAAGAUUCAAUUGUUAGCAGAUCUCAACCUCAAGAAGACCCCUCAGCUUGUGGAAUUGGUGGAGGACAACACUGAUAUAGAAGAGCUCAUGAGCUUGGCCCCUGAAAAGCUCUUAUUGAAAUGGAUGAAUUUCCAUCUGGGCAAAGCAGGCUAUGAAAAACGUGUUUCAAACUUCUCUUCCGACUUGAAGGAUGGAAGGGCUUAUGCCUACCUUCUUAAUGUACUUGCACCAGAGCACUGCAAUCCAGCUACAUUGGACGCUAAGACUGCGCUUGAGAGGGCUACACUAGUACUUGAUCAUGCUGAGAAAAUGGGCUGCAAACGGUAUUUGAAACCAACUGAUAUUGUUGAAGGCUCAUCAAAUCUGAAUCUUGCCUUUGUAGCACAAAUAUUUCAUCGAAGGAGUGGCCUGAGUACAGAUGGCAAAAAGUAUGCUUUUGCAGAGAUGAUGACAGAUGAUGUGCAAACAUCCAGAGAAGAGAGAUGCUUUAGAUUGUGGAUCAAUAGUCUUGGAGCUACCUAUUGUAACAACGUGUUUGAGGAUGUUAGGAAUGGGUGGAUACUUCUUGAAGUACUUGACAAGAUUAAACCCGGAUCAGUUAACUGGAAGCAUGCCACAAAACCUCCCAUCAAAAUGCCAUUCAGGAAAGUGGAGAAUUGCAAUCAGGUCAUAAAGAUUGGGAGGCAGUUGAAGUUUUCACUUGUUAAUCUAGCUGGCAAUGAUUUUGUGCAAGGAAAUAAGAAACUCAUACUCGCUUUCUUAUGGCAAUUGAUGAGAUAUUCCAUGCUUCAACUUUUGAAGAACUUGAGAUCACACUCUCAAGGGAAGGAAGUAACUGAUACAGAUAUCUUGCAUUGGGUGAAUAAAAAAGUUCGAAGUAUGGGGAGAGCUUCCCGGAUUGAGAAUUUCAAGGAUAAGAGCAUAUCAAAUGGUAUAUUCUUCCUUGAGCUUCUCAGUUCUGUGGAACCCAGAGUUGUAAACUGGAACCUUGUCACGAAGGGCGAAAGUGAUGACGAAAAGAGACUGAAUGCUACAUACAUUAUCAGCGUGGCCAGGAAACUUGGCUGUUCCAUUUUCGUGUUGCCAGAAGACAUUAUGGAGGUGAACCAGAAGAUGAUUCUGACGCUAGCGGCGAGCAUUAUGUACUGGAGCCUCCAAAAAGCAGUGGAAGAAGGGGAGUCGCUGUCCCCGGCACCUUCCAGUUGCAACACAUGCAACGCUACACCUGAUGCAUCCCCGGCCCCUUCAGUUUGUGGUGAAGAUGAAAGCUCUUCCAUCGCCGGUGAUGUAUCUAGCUUGACCAUCGACGAUGCCGCCUCAGACACCACAGUUUCCUCAUCUCCUUUUGACAAUGAGGAAGUCACCUCUGCAGGAGGGGAGUGAUCUCAACCAGAAAAAGAAAAAUAUGUAAAAAGAAAAGAAUCUCAAACUGAAGUCAAACGGGUUUUGUGAUAUACAAGGCAAUAUACAUGUGCAGUAGAAAGAAAACGUGUUGAAAGUCCAUGAUAUCAUCCCUUCAGUCAGAAUCACAAAGGGGAAAAAGUGAACAAGGCGGGAAACUUGGGGAUGAGGAAAGGGGUAAUACGAUUUUGUAGUUGCAUUUCAACUCGUGAAAGAAUAUGACAGAACAAGUUUGGCUUCUUUUCAUUUGCAGAGUAGGAUUGUAACAUGCAUCAUUCUUUGGACAUGAUUGAACUUGUCAUCAGCACACAGCACCUUAAUA